UGUAGAAAUAGAGCGGAAGAUAUUAGAAACUGGUCUGUUGAAGAUGUGUGUUUGUUUAUCAGUAGACUGGACGGUUGCAGUCUGUAUUCUGAGACAUUCCGAGAACAGCGAGUAGAUGGUAGAAUAUUAGUUUUAUUGACCACAGAUCACAUGAUCAAAAGUCUGGGCCUUAAACUUGGCCCAGCUGUACUCAUCUCUGAAGCUGUUACCAAGAAGCUA